AUGCUCAGCUGGUCAGCACCGACCGAGGCCACUGUGCUCCAGCUGGGCCCCCAGCUGCCCCCGCGGCUGACACAGCAGCCCUGGCACCUGCAAUACUCCACCAGGCGGGAUGGAUUCAGCCUGCGGACGCUGUACCGGAGCGGGGCCCGGCCGGACUCCCCGGCCCUGCUGCUCAUCAGGGACACGGAGGCUCAGGCCUUCGGUGCCUUCUCUGCCAGCGCCAUUCGCAGCAGCAGCGGCUUCUACGGCACGGGGGAGACCUUCCUCUUCUCCUUCUGCCCCGAGCUGAAGGUGUUCCGGUGGACGGGCAGGAACAACUUCUUCGUGAAAGGGGAUGUGAAUCUGCUGAUGGUCGGUGGGGGCAGCGGUAGGUUUGGGCUGUGGCUGGACAGGGACCUGCACCACGGUGGCAGCCAGCCCUGCGAGACCUUCGACAACGAGACCCUGUCACACCGGGAAGAAUUCUGCAUCCAGGAUCUGGAAAUGUGGGGUCUGGCCUGA